GCAUCGCUUAUAUUCGGCUAUCUAAGGACAACGAACCUCCUUCCUAGAACAUAUCACGAUAGCUAUAAGACGCUUUCCUCGAUAUAUUAUGACUAUCUUACGAGCUGGUAGAGAUCACCAAAACCAGACCUAAACUGCAUGUCGUGACUGUUUCAUUUUCUGAAUGUGUUAUAACGAUGCCUUUCAUAGAAGUCGCCGGAUACCUCUUCCACCGUCUGCGACAGAUGGGAGUCGGUUCAGUCCAUGGCGUUCCAGGGGACUAUAACCUUACAUUGCUGGACUAUGUCGAACCUGCUGGUUUACGAUGGGUGGGUAAUGCGAAUGAGCUGAACGCCGCCUACGCCACGGACGGAUAUGCCAGAAUCAAGGGCAUCGGGGCACUCGUUACGACGUUUGGCGUUGGAGAACUUUCUGCGGCAAAUGCGAUUGCGGGGGCAUAUACUGAGCGAGCUCCUGUUGUGCACAUUGUCGGCACGCCGGCUAGAGAGUUGCAGGAUGCUCGAAAAUUGAUCCAUCAUACCUUCAAUGACGGGGAGUACAGACGUUUUGCGCAGAUCCACGCCCACUUGACAGUGGCUCAGGCUAGUCUGAGGGAUCCCCGGAUGAUUCCAGAACAGAUCGAUGAUGUUUUGAGACAAUGUAUCAUCCACAGUCGACCUGUAUACAUUGAAGUGCCCGUUGAUCUAGUGGACCAACGCGUGCCUGACGACAGGCUCAGUACUGCCAUCAACAUAGCUGCGACCAUCCCCUUACAGUCUCACAAUGCUGUGCUGGAUCGAAUACUGGGACGCAUGUAUUCGGCAAAGCAACCGAUUGUUCUCGUUGACGGCGAGAGUAGAGCAUUGGAUAUUCUCGACGAGAUACAGAAGCUCAUACAUGCGACCAAUUGGCCAACCUGGAGUACGUGCUUUGGAAAGGGCCUGCUGGACGAAACAGUGCCUAAUUUUCAUGGAAUAUACCGGGGAAGUUUCGAUGAUGCCGCUGUUCGAACAUUUAUCGAUAAGGCCGACCUAGCGCUAUGCUUUGGUCCUCAUUUCAGUUCUACCAACACCUUUUCUUACUCCAACAUCCCCAAUGUUGACAGAACGAUCUUCUUCACCGACACGGAAGUCACCUUUGGCAGCGAUGUCGUUCGAGACGUUCCAGCAAAACACAUUUCAUCCCUCCUCAUCGAGAGCAUCGAUAUCUCAAAGAUCCACCGUUAUGACCCUUAUCCUAAUUUGCCCCGUGACCAAGCGCUAUCAUUCUUGGAUGUCACUGGAGGCGAAAGAAUCACUCAAGAUCGACUGUGGAAACUUCUCGCGAGCUUUCUUCGCCCCGGUGAUAUUGUUCUAGGCGAAACAGGAACGCCAGGCUAUGGUGUACGGCAGAUGAGCUUGCCUAAGCACACACGGCUCUUUACGCCAGUUACGUGGCUAUCAAUUGGCUAUAUGCUUCCCGCAGCGCAGGGAGCCGCGCUAGCACAAGAGGAAUUAGUGACAUCUUCCAAUUAUAACGGCAUUCAAGAUGCGCGAACUAUUCUGCUCAUUGGCGAUGGAAGUUUCCAAAUGACCGCUCAAGAACUUGGGACUAUUAUCCGACAUCAGCUGAAUGUUGUGAUAUUCCUGAUCAACAAUGAUGGAUAUACUAUUGAACGAUGUAUUCAUGGUCGGAAUCAAAGGUACAAUGAUAUUGCGCGGUGGAGAUACCUACAGGCCCCUGGCUUUUUCGGUGCUCAUGAAGAUACGUUCAUAGCCUCAGCGAGUACUUGGCAAGAGUUGGAGAAAGUCCUUACCAAUGAGACGGUUAGCAGUGGAAAAGGGUUGAGGUUCAUUGAGUUGCUUCUGGAUCGUGAGGAUGCUCCCGCAGGGCCAUUGUCAUACCUUUUAGAAAACCAGAAGACGGGCAAGCGUAACGUAUAGAACGAGGUCUGGAGGAGGUUACUGCUGAGUGUAAGUUGUGCCGACGGUAUGAGAAAGGGCGGGAAGUGCAGAUGUUGACAUAAAAUCCAUAGAAUGGGCCCGAGCUACAAUAGCCAUGGACUAUCGCUUUAGGAUAGGCGUGGUUAACCAGAGAGAAACGGAAAUCAAAGCAGGUGUCAAUCAGAAGUAUUAUUAUUAAUGCAGAAGCCUAGACAGAAAGUCAAAAG